ACAACCUCUUCUCUGCAACAAAAUCAAGGGUUCUAUUACUCCUCUCUCUGACCCUGUACAAAACCCUAGCAUCCUCUCUAACUUGCAUGCCUUCUUCCAACUCGACCUCGAAGCUCACUGAUUUAGGGCUUUUGAUUGUCUCUUCCGUGUUCAUCAUGUGAUUCAUUUCCUCUCUUCUCUUUUCUACUUUUUCUUUUUCUCUUUCCCUUCGUUUCCCGGCAGUUGAUGAUGGUUCGGAGCAGACACCAAAGCGGAGCCUAAUCGGGAAGAAUCGGCAUUUGGUUAAGUGUUAGUAGAUGCAUUCGAAGCGAUCGGGGCAGAGCGAUGAGCCGGAUUCGAGGCCGGUUAGGUCCAGCGACCGGCUCAAGAGGAGACCUAAGCUUUAUGGGCGUGCUUACUUGUUCUACACCCCCACCAAUAUCAUUCGGAAGAGGAAGACCAAGACCAAGACCCGCACUGCCGCUUCUCGCAUUGCCAAGAUGCUCUCUCCUGGAAAUCGUUCUCGCCGAGCGAAUCACGCCUCCAAUAACAACAACGCAGAUGAAACUAACCUCCGGCGAUCAACUAGAAAGCGGAAGGCAGUAAAUCUUGAAGAUUAUACCGACAGUUCUGGUUACGGGGACGAAGACAUGAUGAGACCCACAUAUCGAUCUUCGAGAAAUCAGAUUGAUAAUAAUGUUAGCCAAGAUGAGUUGUCGUUUCUGAAGGAUAAAAAUACUGUAGAAAAUAAAUCAACGCCUCGGCGUGAAGGAUUACGACCUCGUCGUUCUAAGGGAGUUGCAAGAGGGCAGCUAACUUUGGAAUCUGAUGAUGACCAAGGCACUUCGGAAGAAAAAGUUGGUGAAGAUGACACCGAAAAUGGGAAUGACAUUGAAGACAUCGAUGUGAGUGAUGGUCAGAAUGAAGGUGAAGGUGAUGGCGAUGAUGAUGGAGAGGAAGAUGGUGAUGAUGAAGAGGGCGAGGAGGAACAGGAUGGAAGAAGGCGGUAUGAUCUCAGGAAUCGUGGCGAAGUACGUCGUAUGUCUAUGGAAGAAGGAAAGCCGAGAACUAGAUCUCCUCGAAGGGUUUUACAUCAAGGAAUGGGAACUAAGGUUGGCAGGGAUGUUAGGAAAAGUGGAUCACGGGUUCAUAAGCGCCACCGGAUUACAAGAACGGAAGAUUCUGAUGACUCUCUUCUUGUAGAUGAGUUGGAUCAAGGCCCUGCAAUUCCAUGGGGACGGGGUGGGAGUAGUAGAUCUGGGCAACCUUGGCUCUUUGGUGGGCUUGACAUGCAUGGGACAACAACAUGGGGAUUGAAUGCUGCAGCAUCAGGUUGGGGUCAUCAGGGUGAUGCUUUGGCUACCUUGACUUCUGGGAUUCAAACUGCAGGGCCAAGUUCAAAGGGAGGGGCAGAUAUUCAACCUUUACAGGUUGAUGAGAGUGUGAGUUUUGAUGACAUAGGUGGGCUUUCUGAAUAUAUAGAUGCAUUGAAGGAAAUGGUUUUCUUUCCUUUAUUAUAUCCUGAUUUCUUUGCCAGUUAUCAUAUCACCCCACCAAGGGGAGUGUUGUUGUGUGGCCCCCCUGGCACUGGAAAGACACUAAUUGCUAGGGCAUUGGCUUGUGCUGCAUCAAAGGCUGGGCAGAAGGUGAGCUUUUAUAUGCGUAAGGGUGCUGAUGUCUUAAGCAAAUGGGUUGGAGAGGCAGAAAGACAAUUGAAGCUACUUUUUGAGGAAGCACAAAGGAAUCAACCUUCCAUAAUUUUCUUUGAUGAAAUAGAUGGACUUGCUCCUGUGAGGUCUAGCAAACAAGAGCAGAUUCACAAUUCCAUUGUAUCUACUUUGCUUGCUCUGAUGGACGGUCUUGAUUCUCGCGGACAAGUUGUUUUAAUUGGAGCAACAAAUCGAAUUGAUGCUAUUGAUGGGGCCUUGCGGCGCCCUGGUCGUUUUGAUCGUGAGUUCAACUUUCCUUUGCCUGGUUGUGAGGCACGUGCUGAAAUCUUAGAUAUACAUACGCGCAAAUGGCAGCAUCCUCCGUCAAAUGAAUUGAAACUAGAACUUGCAGCUAGUUGUGUUGGAUAUUGCGGUGCUGAUUUGAAGGCUCUUUGCACUGAAGCUGCCAUUCGUGCAUUCCGCGAAAAGUAUCCUCAGGUUUACACAAGUGAUGACAAAUUUGUCAUAGAUGUUGAUUCAGUACGGGUUGAGAAGUAUCAUUUUGUUGAAGCCAUGUCAACCAUUACUCCUGCUGCUCAUAGAGGUGCCACUGUUCAAUCUAGACCAUUGUCUUUAGUAGUUGCACCGUGUUUGCAAAGACAUCUGCAUAAAGCCAUGGACUGUAUAUUUGAUAAUUUUCCUCCCCUUGCAAUGUCUUCCGAAUUGACUAAGCUUUCUUUACUUUCCUACGGAGCAGCAAUUCCUCUUGUAUAUAGGCCCCGGCUUCUUUUGUGUGGCAGUGAAGGUUCUGGACUGGAUCAUCUUGGGCCUGCAAUAUUGCAUGAACUAGAGAAGUUCCCUGUUCAUUCUCUGGGCCUAUCAUCUCUACUUUCUGAUCCCAGUGCAAAGACUCCUGAGGAGGCAUUGGUACAUAUAUUUGGUGAAGCAAGAAGAACAACCCCAUCCAUCCUUUAUUUGCCCCAGUUUCAUCUUUGGUGGGAGACUGCACACGAGCAAUUGAGGGCUGUUUUGCUGACCUUGUUAGAAGAAUUGCCAUCUGAUUUACCCAUAUUAUUACUUGGGACAUCAUCAGUGCCCCUUGCUGAAAUUGAUUCAGAGUCUGCUUCAAUAUUUUCCCUCCGUUCUGUCUAUGAGGUUGGUGAACUAACUAAGGAAGACAGAAUAUUGUUUUAUGAUCAUUUAAUUGAAGCUGCAUUGUCAGUCUUGUUGGAGGGGAUGGCAAAGAAAUCCCAGGAUUUGUCAUCUGCUCCUGAGCUUCCGAAGGCUCCAAAAGUGGUGAGUGGACCAAAGAUCUCUGAGUUAAAAGCCAAGAUAGAAGCUGAGCAGCAUGCCCUUCGCCGAUUGCGGAUGUGCCUAAGAGAUAUUUGCAACCGGAUUUUAUAUGAUAAACGGUUUUGUGCCUUCCACUAUCCUGUCUCUGAUGAAGAUGCUCCCAACUAUCGUUCAAUAAUCCAGAACCCAAUGGACAUGGCUACUCUUUUGCAGCGAGUUGAUUCUGGGCAGUAUAUUACAUGUUCAGCAUUCCUUCAAGAUUUUGAUCUCAUUGUAUUUAAUGCAAAGGUUUAUAAUGGAGAUGAUUACAAUGGUGCUAGGAUCGUUAGCAGAGGUUAUGAGCUUCGAGAUGCGGUUCACGGAAUGCUGUCACAGAUGGACCCUGCUCUCGUUGCAUGCUGUGACAAGAUCGCAGCACAAGGUGGUCCAAUGCAUAUACCGGAAGAAUUUGGGGGAUCUACUUUUCCUUCAACUCCCGUCGUGCAGUUGGGAACAAUGACCAGAGCAAGUGCUCGACUUCGAAAUGUCCAACCAGAGGUAAAUCUGGACCAAAGUUAUGAGGCCCUAAAACGACCGAAAAAGAUUGUUGAUCCUGCAAAUACAGAAGAGAAGUCACGACAACAAGAGCCAUUAAAGCCAUCUCAGGAAUCAGAAGUAAUGGAUGCAAAUCCUGAAAGGCCAGAAACGUCUCCUGCUGAGCAAAGUCAUGAUGAAGCUUCUGCCAGAGAAGUUGAAGUUUCUGCCAGAGAAGUUGGUUCUCUUGAUGUUGCAAUGUCAGAUGUUGAGUUCGCAAACCAGGUGAAGUCUGUAAAGCAGAGUUUUGUGGAUCGAUCUGAAAACUUCAACAUUCCACAGCUUGAGAGACUUUACACCCGAAUUAUGAAGGGAAUUUUUGAAAUCAAGGAUAAAGAAAGUAGAGACAAUCCCAAGGCUUCAAUCAUGAGAUUUUUGCACAAGUUUGCAGAGGAUAAUGCAAAUUUCUAGCUUUUUUUCAACUUAUAAAAUGAAAAAAAAAAGAAGAAAAAAAAUAUUGUAGUCAGAUAAUGUAAAUCCGGUAUCAUUCUAUUCUAAUUGAGUGGUAGUCUUUUUUUAGUAGGAUUGGUGUUUCUUUCGAAAAUAUUGUGAUCGAUGGUUUUUUUUGUUGCACUCUUUUUGGGAUCAAGUAUGCUCAACUUAAUGCUUUUAA